UCCAUGCCUUUCUCGCGCGUUCCACUGCCAGAUCGAGACGGACCCAACAAGCACAACCUUUUGUGUCGCGCGCGCUAGCCGACAUUUUUAUAUAUAUAUAUGUACAGCGUGAAAGUUGUGGGAAAAGCAGAAAAUUCAAUAUCCGUAUGAGUCUGGCUCGCAUUCGGUUGUCAAAGAGAAUGGCGGAGGAGAUCAGGAACGCCGAGAUGGGAUCGUCUGCUGCGGCCACCGCGACAUCAGCAAAAUCGAGGUCGUUGUGGCCCACUGUCCUCCGCUGGAUUCCCACCUCCACCAACCACAUCAUCGCCGCCGAGAAGCGUCUUCUCUCUCUUGUCAAGACUCCCUAUGUUCAAGAGAACGUCAAUAUUGGUUCUGGCCCACCUGGGUCGAAAGUCAGGUGGUUUGGUUCUAAAAGCAAUGAGCAAAGGUUUAUCAACACGGUUACCUUUGAUGCCAAGGAUGGUGCUCCCACUCUUGUGAUGGUUCAUGGUUAUGGUGCUUCUCAAGGUUUCUUCUUCAGGAAUUUUGAUGCUCUUGCCAAUCGUUUUAAGGUCAUCGCUAUUGAUCAGCUUGGCUGGGGUGGAUCAAGCAGGCCCGACUUUAAAUGCAAAAACACUGAAGAAACUGAGGCAUGGUUCAUUGAUUCUUUUGAGGAAUGGCGAAAAGCCAAAAACCUCAGCAACUUUAUAUUACUUGGACAUUCAUUUGGAGGGUAUGUUGCAGCUAAAUAUGCUCUUAAGCAUCCGGAGCACGUUCAACACUUGAUUUUAGUUGGACCUGCUGGAUUUCAAGCAGAGUCAACCAUGCCUGAGUCGCUUAUCCAGUUCAGAGCAUCAUGGAAAGGAGCAAUUCUGAACCAUUUGUGGGAAUCUAAUUUUACUCCUCAGAAAAUUAUAAGAGGUUUAGGCCCUUGGGGUCCAAAUGUUGUUCGCAGGUAUACGACUGCUAGGUUUGGUACAUAUUCAACUGGGGAUGUACUGGCGGAAGGGGAGUCCGGAUUGCUGACAGAUUAUGUGUACCAUACUUUAGCGGCCAAAGCUAGUGGAGAACUGUGCUUAAAAUAUAUUUUUUCCUUUGGAGCAUUUGCGCGGAUGCCCCUCCUACACAGUGCGGCGGAGUGGAAAGUGCCAACCACUUUUAUUUAUGGCUAUCAAGAUUGGAUGAAUUAUGAAGGAGCUCAAGAAGCUCGCAAGCAAAUGAAGGUCCCUUGUGAAAUCAUCAGGGUUCCUCAGGGCGGGCACUUUGUGUUCAUAGACAACCCAAGCGGUUUCCAUUCAGCUGUUCUUUAUGCUUGCCGCCGAUUUCUCUCACUUGACCCUGAUACUGAGUCAUUGCCCGAAGGUUUGUCUUCUGCCUAGAGAAGAGAAUGUUGUAAUUAUUGUUCCAUGUACAAAUACAACUUGUCUUAUUGUAGUGGCACAUAGAACAUUCAUAUUUCAUUUAUCAAAUCUUUUCGAGUGUAUCUUUAUAUGAUUAUCUUGUGAAUGUAUCCUGCCUACCGGUAGUGUAUGGGUUUACAUGAAAAAUAAUGGAAGUGAUAUAGCAGAUUGAUUUCC